AAUCCAUGCAGAAGAAACAAAAGCAUCGUUUUGGGAUCUAAAAAGGAUUUUUUUUUACCAAUUAUUGAAACUGAAAAAAGUUAUAGGUAAAAAAAAGUAAAAAAAAUAAAUCAUAAUUAAUCUUUCUGAAUCUGAAAACAAACAACAGCAACAACAACAAGGUGGAUAAUUUUUGAAUGCAGCUGAAAGGAAUACAAUUUAAGCUUAGGGGUUUAGAACUGGGGACUAUUAUGUUAGGUUUUUUCCAAGACAUUUGAUAAGUAUAGAGGGAGCAGCAAAGAAUUGGUCCUGGGGUUGGUGAUGAUGCAGAGUAGCACCCCAGAUAGUGGUGGUGAUUAUGUUGUGAAACUUGAACAAGUUCCACGCUGGAGUAAUGCAGAACAGAGGUUAUCUUUGGCAAUUCAGGAUGAUGAUUCUUCUCCAUUGUAUCCAAAUUUGUAUUCAAAGGAUCCUCUUACCUCGCCUCCAGGGGUAGAUAGUGGAGGUAAUGGGGCAUCGUCGAGGUUUCUUGUUAAUCAUGAUGUUAAUUCGAAGAUUUAUUUGUGGCGGGGUGACCCUUGGAAUCUUGAGGUUGAUGCUGUUGUCAACUCCACUAAUGAGAAUUUGGAUGAAGCACACGGUAGCCCUGGUUUGUAUGCUGCUGCUGGUCCUGGUUUGGCCGAAGAAUGUGCAGCAUUGGGUGGAUGUCGAACAGGCAUGGCUAAAAUUACCAACGCGUACGAUCUUCCGGCUACGAGGGUUAUACACACUGUGGGCCCCAAAUAUGCAGUCAAGUAUCACACCGCAGCGGAGAAUGCUCUUAGUCACUGCUACCGUUCUUGUCUGGAGCUUCUUAUUGAAAACGAUCUUCAAAGCAUUGCUGUUGGCUGUAUAUACAAGGAGGCUAAGAAUUACCCUCGCGAACCAGCUGCUCAUGUGGCAAUAAGGACGGUGCGACGAUUUCUUGAAAAGCAGAAAGAGAAAAUCACGGCUGUUGUUUUUUGUACUACCACGUCAGCUGAUACUGAGAUAUAUAAAAGGUUGCUUCCACUUUACUUCCCUCGAGAUAAAUUAGAGGAGGAGGUUGCAGUGACAAAGCUUCCUGCUGAUGUCGGAGAUGAGAAUGGUGAAACAAUCAUUUAUGAACGCAAAAUCAGAAUAAAACCUUUACCCGCCGUCACAAAGACUGCCCCUACGACUCCAACUGCUCCAGUGGAUCUUCCUGUCAGUGAUAAUGGAUUGAAAAUAAGACGGAGCUCGUCCUUUUUAGAUACCUACUUGGAUCCUGCAUUCAUGUCCAUAAGCAGAGAUCCAGAUGAGAGACAUAGAGAGCAGAGGGAAAAAGCAGCAGCUCAAGCAAAGGGUGGUUUUAAUUGUGGUAAGUUGCUUGGAUUUGGUGAGCUUGGUGGUCCCUCUUUAUCUGCUGUUGAGGAAUACUCGCUUCACUCCAGAUAUCUAGCAAAAGCAAAUUCUCUCAGUCUUUCUGAAAUUGCAGAAAUGAGAAUUGUUUAUCGUGGCGGUGUAGACUGUGAAGGCCGCCCUGUAAUGGUUGUUGUAGGAGCCCACUUUCUACUGCGAUGUCUCGAUCUGGAGCGCUUUGUGCUCUAUGUAGUAAAGGAGUUUGAACCUCUGAUACAGAAGCCUUAUUCCAUUGUCUACUUUCACUCUGCAGCAUCUUUGCAGCUUCGACCAGAUUUGGGAUGGAUGAGACGUUUACAACAAAUUCUUGGUCGGAAACACCAGCGUAAUCUGCAUGCGAUAUAUGUACUCCACCCAACAUUAGGGUUGAAGACUGCAAUUCUUGGCUUGCAACUGUUUGUAGAUGGCGAGGUGUGGAGGAAAGUCGUUUAUGUUGAUAGGCUUCUGCAGCUGUUCAAACACGUUCCCCGUGAGCAGUUAUCUAUUCCAGACUUUGUUUUCCAGCAUGAUCUAGAAGUAAACGGAGGGAAGGGUCUUAUUGUUGAUCCAAGAACAAAAUAUGUAUAUCAACGACCUCACGAACAGUGAUACAAUGCGGAACUACACCGGUUUUGUUUUAUAAUGUAAUAAUUUGUUUCUUCUUUUCUUUUUUCUCUUGUGGAUGAGGAGAGGUCUAUUUUCUUAGUUUUUUUUUUUUUUUUUGUGUGUACAGUAGUUGACAUUUCCAUGUUAUCAUCUUGUUUCCUUUCUCUGUAAUUAAACUUGUCUGUAAUCCAAUGUAAAAUGAGAAUCAACAUACGAAUCAGCAUACCUAAGAGUAUAAUAGAAACUGGAAAUUUGUUCCAUGAUA